UGUUAUUAGCGCACAAGCCUCCGCCUGCAAGCACAUGUCGGACGCAGCAGCAGCAGGAAGGCGGAGAACUGGGUCAAUCCCUCACCCGUGCUACAUGCUACAUGCUAACGAUGCGUCGAAUCCGCGUCGUGUUGGUGGCUUGGAUCAAAGUCUCGCCUCCUUUCCCUCGCACCGUCUUUGUGUUCACCAUGGCCGUUGUUGUGCUCGGAUGACUUUUUGGAGCGCACUCGCUUUUCCCCCUCCACCCGAGGACUAAUUCAUGACUAUUUCACUUUUUUUUUUUUUUUUUUUAAUUAGCAAACUGUGUCGGAACCAUCCAGAACGCACAUUUGUGCUCGAAGCAAUCUGGGGAUUCACUAAAUGGACUUCCUUUCUCCCUCUAUGUGACCCGAAGGGCUUAAAAACAAAAUAUAGUUUUUGCGCACGGAUGCUGCUCUCUGAACCGGACUUGAGUUUGACGCGCGAUUGGCGCUCUUUUAAAAAUCUUGAAAGUGUCUAAAAUAAUCUUGGCGCCGACUUGGUGAUGAUUUCCAAUUAAUUGGGAUGCGUCUGGGAGGGCCUGCCGUUCUCUGCGAACCGGAAAUUGGUUUUACGCACAGCACCGUUGUCAUUGGAAAUGAACGUAAAUAAGUAACAAACCCUCAUUAAAAUUGUCACGAUGGCGAUUUUGGGCUCCCGGGUUCGGAUUUCCUUUCGGGACUAGAGCAAGUCUCAUAAGUGGAAUGCAUAACAAAACCUUUCUCCCUUCACGGACGAUUUCCCGCAGAGAGUUUUAAGCGGGACUGAUGUGAGCCGGAACUCCGAGCCAGGAUGCCCCCGGGACCCGAGCCGUCCGCGUGGCUCCCCGCCAACUACACCCGGGACGAGAUGCGGAACGCCAGCCCGCCGGGUCUCGGCUCGGAUCCGCCCCCGCUCAACUACUACAGCCCGCCCCUGCUCGCGCUCAUCACCGCGGCGUGCGCGCUGCUCUCCGCGGUGGGCGUGACCGGCAACGUCCUGACCAUCGUGGUGGUGGGCAAGUACCGCGACAUGCGCACCACCACCAACCUGUACCUGUGCAGCAUGGCCGCGUCCGACCUGCUCAUCUUCCUGUGCAUGCCUCUGGACCUGUACCGCAUGUGGCGCUACCGGCCGUGGCGCCUCGGCGACGCGCUCUGCAAGCUCUUCCAGUUCGUGUCCGAGUCGAGCACCUACUCGACCAUCCUGAGCAUCACGGCGCUGUCCGUGGAGCGCUACGUGGCCAUCUGCUUCCCGCUGCGCGCCAAGGCCCUGGUGACCAAGCGGCGGGUGCGCGGGCUCAUCCUGCUCCUGUGGUGCGUGGCCCUGGCGAGCGCGGGGCCGGUCUUCGUCAUGGUGGGCGUGGAGCGGGACCAGCCCGGCUUCAGCGCCAACGGCACCGAGACGACGGCAACGGAGGAGGACACGCGGGAGUGCAAGAUGACGCACUACGCCGUGGAGUCGGGCCUGAUGGGCGCCAUGGUGUGGCUGAGCUCCGUCUUCUUCUUCAUGCCCGUCUUCUGCCUUACGGUGCUCUACAGCCUCAUUGGGCGCCGUCUGCGGCGGCGCCAUCGCGAGACCAACAUCGGCUCGUGCGCGGCGCACCGGGAGAAGAGCAACCGGCAGACCGUCAAGAUGUUGGUGGUGGUGGUCCUGGCCUUCGUCCUGUGCUGGCUGCCCUUCCACGUGUGCCGCUACCUGCAGUUCCGCUCGCUGGACGCGCCGUCCCCGCUGCUGUCGGCGCUGUCCGAGCACUGCAGCCUGCUGUCGGUGGUCCUCUUCUACCUGAGCGCCGCCAUCAACCCCAUCCUGUACAACACCAUGUCCUGGAAGUACCGCGGGGCGGCGGCGCGGCUUUUCGGGCUGGGCGGCCAGCGGCUGCCUCGGACCCGCACCACCAGCGCGCUGAAGGCCGUGGCGGACGGCUGGAUGGAAUCCAGCGUCGGCUUCUAAAGCCUCGGGUGGGCCGGCACAUCGAUAAACAUUCAUAACUUAUGGACAAUUUAGUCUGCACUGUACCGAAUAGCCUCAUUCGAAGUAACCCGCGCAUGAAAACGCAGCCAGGAUUCGAACCGACGACUUCCGAAAUAAAGCAGAUGUGCUCAUCGCUUGCACACUUGUCGCACGAACAGUUUUUGAGACUUGGCAGAAUAAAACGUUCCUCGAGUCCUGCACUAUUUCUUUUGUGAAGGACAACCAGAGCGCUGUAGAAGUCGUGACUUCGCUGUUUGUGCGUGUUCUAUUAUUUCAUGCCAUUUUGUGGCAUUAUUGUGCAGUGGAACUUCUAAAACUUCAAAAUUAUACAUGAAGAAUCUUGAAAUAAUCUUUUUGCUGA